UUGGAUGCUGGAAGGAAAAUAUUUUGGAAAUUAUGCUUGCACCAAGGAUUUAGAUAAUGCCAAAGUACAUAUACAAUCUUCUUCACACUCUGUAACGUGCUUGAUUCUAAAGCAUGUGAUUCGUUUGAGGUUAUUAUUCUGCUGUAUAAAGUAUGGUUCUUUUAAUAUACUGUCAAUUAACACCAUUCCUAUUGUAGUGUUGCUCACGUCUAUCUCCCUGACCUCUUAACAAUUUGGAGAACGUGUUUCCGUACACAUAGAAAAGCAUUCUUAUGUUCUGGUUAAUUGAUCAACACAUAUUCUAUUUUUGAUUUGUUGUUGUUAUUUUGUUUUUGUUGUUCAAUACCAGGAUGUAAUUUUCAUAAUUAUUGCCAGAAAUAGACAUAAGCAUAAUUGAAACAACGGCAUGAUUAAAGAUGUAAUUUUAGAAACUGAGGAAAUGGAUAUUAUCAAGUUUGUUUUCAAACCAGUACUUUUAUAUUUUUGAAUUACUAAUUAAUCAAAGACUAUAUCCUGGGAAUGACAAUUCGAUGAUAUGAAAUAUUUUACAAUGAUAUAAUCAUGCAGUAUAUUGGUGUUGGUGUGUGUGCAUUAUUUGUUUUUUGUGUACAUGUACAAUUUACCAUUUGUAAAUCAAAGGAAUGUGAGAAUGGGGAAUGCUGUUCAGGCUACAAAUGGGAUGCUACAGCGGAAAGGUGUGUUGAAUGUGACGUUGGAUAUAGGGGACCUGAUUGUUCUCUGACAUGCCCAGUCCCAUUCUUUGGACCAGGAUGCAAUUCUAUGUGUAAAUGUUCAAAUGAGAGCUGUCAUUUUUCAAAUGGAUGUGCAAAACUUAAUGAAUCUACAGGUACAGUCAGAAAGGAUAAACCACAAGGGGGAGAGGUCACGCACAGGUCCACACCAGUUAUACAUCCUACAACAGAGAAGAAGAGGGGUACAAGACAGGAAGAUGUGAGACCUCAGAAUGAAAACUUGGGUAGUGUAUUACGCACCAGCAUUUUUCUUGUCACAGGCGUAUUUUCCGUAGUCUUAAUCUGUUACCUCAUAACGUACAGCAGAUACAGUAAGCUACUAUGCCCAAAAUCUUUUUCAACAACAGCAGAUAUGCAUGCUCUGAAGAUACUAGAGAUCAACCAGGAAGAGGAUUAAAGAUUGAGCAUUGAGGAUUCGUUAUAUCUCUCUAUUAAACUGAAAGGAGAGAAAUGAUAUGCAAUGUAGUUAUUGAUUUUUGACAAUCAAUAUCAUAGUCAAUAAUUUGUUUACUAAAUAUCUAACUUAUCUGGCGAAUUUUUCAAAUAACAAGGCUUUCACAUCAACCAAAAGUUAUCCAAUAAUGGUUUUAUUAAAAUGAAUAAAUACAUGUACUUUAGUUUCAAGUAGUAGAGGACAACGGUAAAUCUUGUAUCGUUAGAAAACACAGAUAACAUUCUUGAACGAGAAAUUCAUAGCAGAAAAUGCUAUGUUACUUUAUAACAUUUCGCACGUUACUGUAUAAACAACAACACCAAAUACAAUAAACUACAUGUACAAUGUAAAAUUCACACACCCACCUCAUACCUUUGAUUGGACCAUGUGGCAUUUCAUCAGAAUUUCCUCGGCUACGGACAACGUGUCUUAGCUUUGUAAUUGCGUUUAUCGACUUCCUAGGAGUCAUGAUGACACCUACAUUUUGCACAUCAAUUUCUUCACCAAGCACUCGAAUAAAAUGUAUCCUAAAAUUAGCUUACACAUUUUUACACAUGUUAUAUCACUUCAAAUAACGGACAUUUCCAUUUUUAAGAAAGUUGACCGGUGGGUCAUUAUCAAUAAUUCGUAUCCGGAGCUUAACUGUAAUGAAAAAUAAAUGAAUGUUAAAUCCUCACAUACACCCAGCGCGGUCUAGUGUUCGACCUACUCUUAACUUUAUGUUCUUUAUUUGAAUUAUGAGAUUGGUCGCUAUUCAUUAUCUUUUCUUUCUAUUUUAGUUUCGGUUCUCUUCUAUCUUAUCUUACAUCUUCUUAAAAAAUUUUAAAUAUGUAGUUCUACGAUGCACUUUGAGCAAUGAGUCUGGAUAUCUGGUAUACGAGUAAAUGUCAUGCAUUGUCAAUUUAUCGUUGAACGGAUACAUUUUCCAUUUGAUGGUAUUUCUUCUAGCGGUGUUUGUUAGAUUUGUUGACCAUUAUAUAUAUUUUGCAUGUAUGUGAAAGUGGUAAUAAACAAUACAAAAAUAGAAAUAAUGAUGCUAAGGUAAACAUUUUUGUUUCUAUAUUUGGAUAUACUACUUUUGCUAGAUAAUCAAGGCACACAAAUACGCAGUGAAUAUACAUUAAUUUUGUGGUGUCAAAUUGGGCAAUCACAAUAAGGAAAUAAAUAUCUAUUCAUA